GGAAGCGGCGAGCGCGCCGGGGAGCGCAGCUGCGGGCGUUGGGGGACAGCAGCCGCGGAGCCGGCCCCGAGAGCGGCCGCGGCUGCAGCGAGCGGCGGAGACAAAGACUAUGAUAGGGCCAGUUGUGAGUGUGUGGAUUUUUGAGUAAAACCUCGGACCCAAAUGAGAAGAAACCUUCAAGGAACAACUUAUACUGACAGUGAGUCUACAGGCAUCUGUAUUAUGGAAUGUUCUCAACCCAGAGAUAGCUCUAUAGACAAGGAGUGAGUGACUACCUGUUAAGGUCCUGAGUCAAGACAACAAUUUUUAUACCUUUCCUGGUGGUUCAGAAACGAGUCUCUGUAGAAUCAGAAGCAAAGAAAGGAAACAGUCUGACCUUUUCUUUGUUAGAUUGACUAUAUAAGAUACUUGACUUCCAGGAACAAAAACACAGAGAAGUAAUAAAGUUAUUAUUUUGGCAUCUUUGGACAUUUAUCAUAUUGAGAAGCCUGCUUUGUGAAGCUUCCUGAGUUGAGAUUUGGAAACUUCAUUGGUGCUCAUUUAUAACUUGGACUGUAAGCAUGAGUGAAUUCUGGUUGUGUUUCAACUGCUGUAUUGCAGAACAGCCUCAACCUAAAAGGCGCCGGCGGAUUGACCGAAGUAUGAUUGGAGAGCCCACAAACUUUGUGCACACGGCUCACGUGGGGUCAGGAGACCUGUUCAGUGGGGUGAAUUCUGUUAGCUCCAUUCAGAACCAGAUGCAGUCCAAGGGAGGCUACGGAGGUGGCAUGGCUGCCAAUGUGCAGAUGCAGCUUGUGGACACGAAGGCAGGAUAGCCCCGGAUCCCUCCUCCAUGUGAUGGCGUCUUGUUCACCCUGUUGUGAUUACUCCAGUGACACGUUACUGUUCUGCUCUGAAGAAACUAUUGUCAGAAGAAUCCUGCAUUUCCUUCAGCUGGCAUGCAUGCCUUUGGACUCAUGGACAGAGUUCUUUGGAUUGUGGCUUAAUGAUUGAUUUUUAUGAAUAUGGAUGUGAUUUUAGCAUGAUCUUUUUUGUGAAUGCUAGCACUGUUUUGCAUUUUUUCCCGCAUUUUUAACAAUUUUCUCUUUCCACCUCCAACCCCUCUGCCUUAUGAUUUUAUUGGUAAGCAAAGAACUGCUAUUUUAAUUUGUCACCAUUUAUGUAUAUUUAUUUUGGAAGGUAUGAGACCCAUAAGCACAAUGAUGAUUUCUAUUCAUUUGAAACUUCAGCAGAGUAGUAUGUGCAUGUUUUAUGAAGUUGCUUGUAUGGGAGCCCAUGGGAUGCCAGAAAUGAACAUUUCCUUGCUGCCAUGGGCUGAUGAUACUGCUGCUAUUAGAGAGAGGUUAGCUGUGGCACCAAGUCACAUCAGUUUCACAAAAAAAGGCAAUUUGUAGCUUAUUUUAGAAGUAUGACUUUUAUUUAGAGUUAUAAAAGAAAAGCUUGCAUUCAUAAGGCAUUCAUUCUGUUGUAAAUGUUCAAUAUAUUUAUUUGAGAGCAAGGGCCUGGGAUUGUAAAGAGGUAUGGUUAUGUAUCUGUGUGUGUGUGUGGGAAUACCCUCAUUGGGUCUGACUCUGAGCAUCAUGAUCUUUGUUCAUUUCUUUGUGUGCUCAGUCUGUUUUCACUUGUUUAUGUUUAAUAUUAUGGUAUCCAGUUGCUUCCAGUAGCAGUUUGUUGAGCUUUUGGCCUGUGUUCCUAACUGUGGAUUUCAGUCAUUGGCCUCUCCAUCUUCCACAUAUUUUGGGGCAAUGGAAGUUGCCAGGAGCAACAGUUGACCUGGCUGUGUUGUUGCCUGUGAAAACAACCUGCAUGGUGACUUAUUAAGGUAUUGGUGAGAAACCUUUGGCUCAGGUUCCAAAAUAUGUUUAUUUAUUCUUCACAAAUUGUAUUUCUGUAAAUGCUUCUCCUUCCCCAUAAGCCAAAUUAGUGGUUUGUUUUUUCAUGAAAAUGUUUAAAUUAUGUCCAGUUCAGCCCUAUGUAACAGUUUUACAUUUGGUAGGAAUAACAGUUCAUGUAGGAAAUAGGGCUUAAUUGAAAACUGACUUAGAAAGCUAUAAGGAAUUAGGUAAUUGCAUAAAUAAGGAAUUAGGUAAUUGCAUAAAGGAAGAGAGAUCAUUUCUCUUCACAAGUUCUUGUUAAACAAACAGGUAACGAAAUAAAUAUUGGGUUUAUAUAGGCAAAACAUGGAAGCAUUUCUUCCCCCAGUUCUUUUGGAUUUAAUUUACCCAGUACAGCAGGCACUAGAAUACUCAGUCCUUAUAUUUCUGCAAUUUGAGUCUUCAUAGGUGUCAAUCCCAGAGACUCUGUCAAGGAAAAACAUUUAUGCUUAACAGUCAAAAUAGGCAUUUUUCAGUUUAAUAACUUCUGAACUUGAAUUCAUCUGAUGUCAUUAAUUGUGUUGAUGAUACUGCAUUCUGGAUUUUGCCUGAGUACCACUGUCUUUCUGUUCAUCCAGAGACAGGGCACUGCAGUGUGCAAGCUCUUUAAGGGAUGGAUUUUGUUUGGCCUUGUCAGUGCUGGAUGCUAUGUAGUCUACUUCUAGUCUGACUUUAAAAAUUAGUACAGAUUUUAUAACUAACUAACUGUGUAACUCCUGGAACAAUACAGGGAGCCAUGGUCCCUUUUUCCCAAUCUCUCACUUUCCUGAUUCUCCAAGGACCAAAUACUCCAGUGAGCACUGGAGCAUGUCUCCAUGGUAAGCCAAAGGCUGCACUCUUCAGCCUCUAACUAACUGUUCUGCAGCUGCCACUGACUUGACAGGCACAAGUAGCCACACUGUGUGCAAGAACACAUGCCCAGGAAGGUGCCAGUAAUUAUUCAAAAGAAGUAAAAUUACCACCAAUUUUAAGAUGCUAACCUUGGACACAGAUUUUUUUUUUUUUUUAGGGAGUUAGUUAGUUAGCAGGUCCCACCUGGAUAAGUGGGUUUGUAAAUCUUGGGAGGUCAUUUGCUCCCCAUAACAAUGUGUGAAAAUUGAAGCUAACUAAAUAUGAUUGACUGUUAAUACUUUGCUGAAAUACAUGCUAACAACUGUUAACUAAUGACAUGCAUUCUGUAAAAAAGUGGUGCCCGUGAGCGUAGGUUGGAAAUGUGAACUGUGGUGACUGGGUUCAGCUUUCCAAUGCAGCAUUAUCAGUGGGCCUUUAAAGAAAGAUACUUUGUGAGUAUAUAUUAGCUUUCACUUUUGUUAUUAAAUUAUAGCAGUUCUAUUAUAGAGAGCAAGUUUGCCUUUUGUUUAAAAUGACUUCUGCUCAGCACCCAGGAGAUAAAAUUGACAUAUUUUUAUAAUAUAAGCAUACUUUUUUUGUACAUUGUGUUCAUUCUUGAAUAAAGUAAGUUCAGUGUUUGUUGGCUUGUAGAUAAUAAAA